CCUAGUUAGACCGGUUGUAUGGUGUGUGCUGAUUGAGUGAAUUGAGUUCUUUCAAAACUCUGAAAUUAUUAAUUCAUUCGGAGGGAAACGGUUCUUUAAAAUGAUCGGGCAGAAAACGAUUGCAUCUUACUUCGGUCCUGCGGCAAAGAAAAGAACUCUAUCUGAAGUUUCGGAGGAAGAAAAUGAGAAUGAGAAGGAAACAAACCAAGAGGAGCAGCAGGGUGGCCUGAGGACGCCCGUGAAGAAGCCGAGAGCCGGCCCGGGGGGCGAGGAGGCGGCCAGCCCGCCCAGCUCCCCGCUCAGCCCCGAGCAGCUAUCCCGCAUCGAGAGGAACAAGCAGGCGGCCCUGCAGAGACUCGCGGCCCGCAACGUGCCCCCGGGCUUCGGGGAGAGCUGGAAAAGGGAGCUGCUGGUGGAGUUCAGCAAGCCAUACUUCAGCAGGCUGAUGGGAUUUGUAGCAAUGGAGAGGAAACGCUACAUGGUUUACCCACCACCGCAUGAAGUCUUCACGUGGACAGAGAUUUGUAAUUUCCAUGAUGUGAAGGUGGUUAUUCUUGGCCAGGAUCCGUAUCAUGGACCAAAGCAGGCUCACGGGCUGUGCUUCAGUGUAAAGCGCCCAGUGCUGCCACCACCCAGUCUGGAAAAUAUGUACAAGGAGCUCCAAUGGGACAUUGAAGGCUUUGAACCCCCACAGCAUGGAGACCUGACUGGUUGGGCUAAGCAAGGAGUGCUGCUGCUGAAUGCAGUCCUCACUGUGCGAGCACAUAAUGCAAACUCGCACAAGGAGCGAGGCUGGGAAGAGUUCACGGAUGCGGUGGUGUCUUGUCUAAAUAAUAAGCUGGACGGCUUGGUCUUCAUGCUGUGGGGAGCAUAUGCACAGCGAAAGGGCAUUGCGAUCGACAGGAAGCGUCACCAUGUCCUGCAGACGGUUCACCCCUCCCCCCUCUCUGCACACCGAGGCUUCUUCGGCUGCAAGCACUUCUCCAAAACCAACGAGCUGCUGAAGAAAUCGGGGAAGACUCCCAUCAAUUGGAAGUUGCUGUAAGCCCAGUCAGGAGGAGGAGUGCGUUGGUGAGAUCGCGUUGAGGCUUAACCAUGCAGAGUGAUAAAUUCUCAAUUAUCAUUAGCCAGGCCUGGGCAGCAUAACUGAUUUUUGUAUUAACCUUGAUUGGUGGGGCAUUAUUACUAGACAGUUACAUGUUUUGAAAUUUGGUUAAAUCUUUUCCGCCUCUCUGGGAACAUAACACACAUUUAGCAGAUCAGGCUGAGAUUUUUUUUUUGUUCCAAUGGCCCAUGAGUAUCUCAGUGAAGUUAAAAUAUCCAACUACAGAAUUUCCUCAAAUGUCUGAAUUUAGUCCAUGACUAAAAGCUUUUAAAAUGUAAUUUCGUUGUAAAUAUGUCUGUAUUUCAUUCAUUCGUUAAUGCUUUGCUUGCUUGUAAAAUGCUUUGACAUUGACUUUUGAAUAUGUUAAAUAAAAGCUUUUAUUUCUU